AGUCAGAUUGGGCAGUAAGUAGCUGCCUGAUUAACUGGGCCAUUUACUGUAUUGUUAAACGAGGCAUGUUUUCCACCGUUGCAUGAAAGGAAGAAAAAGAACGGCUAUCGUGUUUUUCUUUCCUGAAAGUCAGCUAGUGGCAAGUUUCUUUCAGCAGCUGUGAGCCAUUAGUCAAUCAUGUGGGCGUGAGCAGGACGUCUGGCUCCACUUCCAUUAAGCGCAAGAUGGGUAAUUCAGACAGCCAGUACAAUCUGCAAGGGACUAAAGGUAACAACACUGAGGAGAAGUCGAUGCCUGGUGGCAGGCAGAAGCCAUGCACUCUCAAAAUUCGAAGCGUUCAUGCCAAGGAUGAAAAGUCACGCUCUUCUUUUGGCUGGGGAUAUAGUGGCAGCAACAUAGGUUACAAAGCACGAUCUCUAGGCAAAAACUGCCUUUCUCAGCACAAAAACAACCAGCGUUACUCUCUCAAUAGUUCUUCACGUCAAUGCAAGUCUUUGAUAGGUAAUAGUAAUGCAUAUGCCAGAUGCCAUCAGGAUCACCUGGGGAAAUAUGAUCACGGGAAUGAUAAAUUAUUAUCUGGAAACUAUUUUCCUUGCAUUCAUCUUGACAAAACAGGCAGUUGCACUAAAGCUCUGGAAUACAAUGGCCAUGUCUUAAAUGGACAUAGACUACCUGAAAAUAUAACUCAAUCUAAGAAACCAGAAGGAGAAGGCAGUCCAAAGGUUCUCAUCAAAACUCUGGGAAAAUUUGAUGGGGACAUAAGGGUCGAGUUUCACAGUGGCAGUAGUAGCAGCAAACCACCCUGUGUUGAACCCCAAGGGCCAGUUCAGCUUUUGAGAUAUUCUGCUGCAAUGGAGUCUGACUCGAGUAAACAAAAUGUUGGGCAGGUUGAUGCCAGUAAAGGAAACCUAAUGGACCAGAGUCUUUUCCUUGGUGAGCAGAGAUUUAAAUCAAGCAAGGGUAGCUUAAUUAGUUCUGAAUAUUCCUGGUCCGAAUUGCCAUGGGGACAUUGUGCUUACGCCAGUGAUUCUGAUAAAAUGUACACAACUGGGAAAGUUACUGAGGCAAGUAAUCCAGAAGACAUUUUACCAAAUGAUGAGCAGCUCUUCCAAAGAUCAUCUCUCUUUUCUCUUCAAACACUGUACAGUGAUACAGGUGUUGGACUUUCCAUGCCCUCAGGGAAUGAAUUUUCAGAUGAUUACAGAAAUAUGGCUUUCAAUCCUCACAGUUUGUUUGAGAAUGACUUUUCUAACUGCAUGAAUAUGCUAUCCGACGAGGAGGAUAGAGGAACCAUACAAUAUACCUCUUAUACACUCCCAUGUCGAAAGCCCAAACACCUCUCUGAGGAUGGCUCCUCAAGAGCUGCCCUGAAAAGUCGAAUGCGCCGUUUAAGUGCUUGGACUGGCAGCCUUACAAGAAAGAAGAGGAAACUACAGGACUCUAGAUCCAAGGAUAUAAAUGAAUAUUGUGACAGUGGAAUUGAUGGCGUGACUGCAGACACCAGCUCUCCUUCCCAGGUAUCAAGUUUAUUGUGGUCACCUGGCUCCAGCUAUACAUUACCACCCAGAAGUAACUCUACCAAUGCGGUUGGCAAUGAUGUCUUGAGACAGAGCAUUUAUGAGAACUUCAUGCGAGAGUUGGAAAUGGGUCAUAUAUCUGUGGAAAAUGCAGACCAGUCUACAGGAAGUGAGGAAACCAGCAGUGAUUCCUUCAGCUCUUUAGAACAACUGGAUUUAUUGUAUGAAAAAGAACAGGGGUUUGUUCGAAAGGCUGGCUGGUUGUCUUUUAAACCCCUUGUUACACAUCAGAAAGAGAGGAAAUUGGAGCUUGCACCUCGCAGAAAAUGGAAACAAUAUUGGGUUUCUCUUAAAGGUUGCACCUUGCUAUUUUACGAAGCCAGUGGGAAAAACUUCAUGGAUCAGAACAGUGUUCCUAGAUAUGCCCUGUUCGCCGAAGAUAGUAUAGUGCAGCCUGUACCGGAACAUCCAAAGAAAGAAAAUGUGUUCUGUCUUAGUAAUGCCUUUGGGGAUGUCGUCUUAUUUCAGGCUACAAGCCAGACUGAUCUUGAAAACUGGGUAACAGCAAUACAUUCUGCCUGCGCGUCAGUGUUUGCAAAGCAGCAUGGGAAAGAGGAUACAGUCAAGCUACUAAAAAAUGAAACCAAAAGCUUCAUGCAGAAGAUUGAUAUGGAUGGAAAGAUGAAGAAAAUGGCAGAGUUACAGCUGUCUAUUGUAAAUGAUCCCAAAAACAGGAAAGCUAUUGAAAAUCAGAUCCAGCAGUGGGAGCAUAACCUGGAGAAGUUUAAUGUGGACCUGUUUCGAAUGCGCUGUUACCUGGCUAGUCUACAGGGAGGUGAGCUACCCAAUCCCAAGAGCCUCCUUGCAGCAGCUAGUCGGCCUUCCAAAUUGGCACUUAGCAGGCUGGGCAUCUUCUCCGUCUCUUCAUUUCAUGCUCUGAAUUGUUCCAGAGAUGAAGCAACACUCAGAAAAAGAACAUUGUCCCUGUCUCAGCGAAUAAGAAGUAAAAAGGGUUUGUUCUCUUCACUGAAGGGGUUAGACGAUCUUGGAAGAAAAGGGAAAGAAAGGAGACCCACGAUUAUGCAGCAUGAGCAAGAUGGAUCUUUGAGCAUCCACUUUCCAGCACCAGAGGGUGCAAUCUGGGACAGCUCUUCAGAGUGUACUGCUCGUGUCUGUUUCCCUGACAACCAAGCAGCGAUCAUGACUAUCAAACCAGAUCAUACGGUGGAAGAUGUUCUGAUUAUGGCUUGCAAGAUAAGGCAGCUGGAUCCAGUUCAUCACUGUGUUCGCCUUAGAAAAAUGGUGCAAAAUAACAUGGAAUGUUAUGUUCCUAACAGAUUGGACUACAUACAGGAACAGUUAUUUGAUGAAAUAGAAAUCGCCAUGAUGAAUAUUUAUCACAUACACCUUGAGAGGAGAGGAGCUGAAACUGCCUUUGGUUUUGCUGUUGCCGGUCAGGUUGAUGGAAAGCAACAACACAAUUCUUUGUUUGUGAGUGAUGUUCUCAUUGGUGGACUGGCCUAUAGAGAAGGUGCCAGAGUGGGAGAUGAGAUCCUGAUAAUAAAUGGUGAAGUGGUUGCUAAUCUACACCAUACAUAUAUCGAAUCGUUGUUUGCAGAGAACCACUUAACACUGACUAUCAGGAGGUUCUCAUUAGACUGGAACCAAAUGUUGACAGAAUGCAAUGACUCAUUAAACCACAUGAUGGUCCCACCUCCUCCUGACCAAUCAAAAUUGCUGGAGGAGUUUAUUGACAACCUCCUCCUUCCUGUUCCUUCUGAUUUCUCUAGCGUACCUGAUGUGCCUCUAACAAGAAGUGUCACUACAGACUGUGUGGAGUCACUGCAUCAGGUUGAAAAUACUGAAUCAUUUUUAAAGAGUGCAGAGCAGGUUUCUACAUUCUGUCGAAGUUUAUAUGAACUGCAACCGUCAGAUAUGGAUGGACAGAAGGAGAGCCUUGAUCAACAUCUGAGGCCACUAGCACGACACCUCUCUGGUGCAGAGAGACUUCGGAAAGUUAUCCAUGAACUAAUAGACACAGAGAAGUCCUAUGUGAAGGAUCUAAGCUGUCUAUUUGAAGUAUAUCUGGAUCCUCUACAAAAUGAGAUUUUCCUAACACAGGAUGAGAUGGAGUCGUUGUUUGGGAGCCUGCCAGAAAUGCUCCAAUUUCAGAAGAUGUUUUUGCAGACACUUGAUGAUGGGAUUGCCUUAUCACCUGAUUUCAGCAAGCUGGAAACUCCAUCCCAAUUUAAAAAACUGUUGUUUUCCCUGGGUGGUUCGUUCCUGUACUAUGCUGACCAUUUCAAACUCUAUAGUGGUUUUUGUGCAAACCACAGAAAGGCCCAGAAAGUUUUGGAAAGAGCUAAAACUGACAAAGCCUUCAAAGAAUUUUUGGAUGCCCGGAAUCCCACAAAACAGCAUUCUUUUACCCUGGAGUCAUAUCUGAUCAAGCCUGUGCAGCGUGUUUUGAAGUAUCCAUUACUGCUGAAAGAGCUAGUGUCUCUAACUGAUCCAGAGAGUGAGGAGCAUUAUCAUCUAACAGAAGCGCUAAAGGCAAUGGAGAAAGUGGCUAGUCAUAUCAACGAGAUGCAGAAAAUCUAUGAGGAUUAUGGGACUGUCUUUGAUCAGUUGGUUGCAGAACAGCCUGGAACUAAGAAAGAGGUCACAGAGCUUUCAAUGGGAGAGCUUUUACUGUACUCUUCAGUUACUUGGUUAAACCCUUUCCCGUCUCUAAGUCGAAUGAGAAAGGAUCCUGAACUCACCGUCUUUGUUUUUAAGCGAGCUGUCAUACUGGUCUAUAAGGAGAUCUACAAGUUUAAAAAGAAAACUGGAACAGUUCCACGUUCCGCAUAUAACCAUGGCGAUAUUGAUCAGUUUAAAUUCAGGUGGCUGAUUCCACUAUCAGCUCUUCAGGUCAGGCUGGGAAAUGCUGCAGGCACAGAUAUGAGCUGCAUCUGGGAGUUAAUCCACACUAAAUCUGAAAUAGAAGGGCGGCCUGAAACAAUUUUUCAGUUGUGUAGCAGUGAUCCCGAGAAUAAAACAAAUAUCAUAAAAGUGAUACGUUCAAUUCUGAGAGAGAAUGUUCGCCGCCAUAUGACCAAGUCAGAAGGAGCACUUGAGAAACUGAAUAAAGAAUAUAUGAUUCCUCUAAGAAACAGAGUGCCAUCCUCUGCCAAAAUUGCAUCAACUAGAGCAUCAAAAUUGUUCAAGCAUUCUCCAUCUUAUUGGAGUCAGGACUCUGGGCGACGUAAUGCUGUUGAUUCUGAUGAAUGUAGCCUGAGCAGUGGAACACAAAGCAGUGGCUGCCAUACCUCAGAAAGUGGACUAGAGCCUAGUAGUCUUUCAUAUCCAAAGCAAGAACACAGCGGUGCAGAGGAACAACAGGAAGCUGAAGUAAAGGAAUCAGACAUUUUGAGUGAUGAAGAAGAUUACUGCAAGUCCAAAAAUAAGACUUUGACAGAUGAAAUUGAAGUACAAUUUGAAAAAAUGCAAAUUGAAGUUGAUAAAACUGAUGUCGAGCAGGCACCAAAUAAACAAUUGGAUACAGGAGAGAUGGAACAAACGGAUGAUCACCCCAGGCUUGUGCGAGGCCACUUCUGUCCAAUCAAAAGAAAAAGUACCAAUACAAAGAAGAAAAAAGGGAAUCUGUUAGCCAUGCAUGAGCACAACCGAUCUUUGGAUAGUCAAUCUGAUGGGCCAAAUGUUGACUUGAAUUCUGUGUUGGCAAGAGAGUUUAGUGUCCAAAGCCUUACUUCCGUAGUUAAUGAAGACUGUUUCUAUGAAAACAUUGAAAGCAAUGGAGAGCCUUAGCUUCAAAGUCUCAAAUGAGUGAUGCUCUUCACAAAAUGAUCAAGAAUUGAAGUUAUGUCUGUCUUUAUUUUAAGUCUCUCAAGUUAUCCAGUUCUGGCCAAUUGUUUAUGGUUUUGAAAGUGAAGGUCACAAGCUUUAUAAAGAAAAGCAAUGUUUAGUUUGCCUUACUGCUGUCUGCACUAAGACCACAGUUAGCCUCAAAAAUGUAGAUUUUUAAUACUUGUUUUCGUUAAAGAAAAUAAUAAGCAUAUUUGUCAAUUAUUUAUUGUCUGUUUUGGACAAUAAUGUUAUUGUUUGGUUUCUAUGAUUCACUAGUUUUGUAUUGGAUUUGCAAAUAAGGCAAGUAUUGAACACCAAAAGUAAUAUUUUCAAGAAAGGUUAAAUUGCUUAUUUUAAUAGGCUGUAAAUCUUAAUUUUAUUUAUAGAUGGAAAAUAUUGGUUUACAUUACAGCACAAAGAGAAUGAUUAGAUGGGAGUUUGUUGCAUUGUGUCCAGUUUUUAAGUUUUUACAAAGCUAAGUAUGGCACUGUUUCCUUUUUCCUGUUUGCCAAGGUAAACAUCUGAUGGCCUGACACACACAGCUCUACUUAUUUAACACUGUUUUCAGCACUACAGGCUUUGGUAGAGGCUGCAGCAAUGCACAUGCAUCUUAAUGCUAACAUUCUUAUUUAGAUGUCUUUUUUUCCUUUGUACAUAAACAUUGAAGGUUGUGUAUAUUGUAAUUUUAUGAAAACUGCAUUGGUUUUAAUUGGUUAUAUUUUGUAUUCUGUUGAAUGACUACUUGACAUCAAAUAUGCUCAAAAGUGUUCUUAUGUGGAAUAAAUAUGCAUAUUGUAUUCAAGAAA